AUGAUUACUUAUUUGAACAAUCUUUCAAAUGUGUUUAUUGACAUUAAAAGGCUCGGAAAAUUAAAUUUAUUUCAGUAACUUAGAAGUAUGCUUCCGGGAAAACGACACACUUCCGCCGUACUUAAUGAAGAACGGGUGUUGUAUCCGCGAAACAAGUUAUCGCCUGGCACGAAACCUUGCGUCGUUGGAGGAAACCCGAUAACCGAGGAGCUGGCAGUUGAACUUCGCGUAACUACAUUUGGCACGGCGUCGUGCCCACCGCGAGUAGAAUGGGUCAGGUCGCCUAUUGUAAUGAGAGCACCCGACCAGCAUUUAGCGUACGGCCUGGCAGCUCCACGCAAUGGUACCAGGUCGCUGCUUGCUGGCCUCCAAGCUCAUGUCAUCAAAUGGCUCCUAUUUGAUUCUCGACCUUUGACUAAGGAUAACAAGUCUGCCGACCCUCCAGAAACUUACUUACGACCUUCUGAGGAGCGCCAGGAAGAAGCUCUAUGGCGUGCGUGCAGCGAAGUAAUAUGGCGGUGCGCGGGCGGCAUGACCCCUCCGCAGACGGGUCAGCCAAAGGCAGUGGUGGCACUGCCAUCAGAUAUGACGUACGUGCAACACAGCUCGACCUACUAUCAAGAUGGAGUUACCGAAAAGCUGCACUUAUUUGAAUUCACCAAUUUGGAGGAUGUCCAGAUUUUUAUGAAGAGGUAUUUAUACUUGUUUAAAAUUGAAGAAGGAUGCGGCGCUUUGUUGUUGCUGUAUGCUGCAGUGCUGUCACGAGGGUGUGAUAACGUUAAGAAAGACUUGGAUGGCAAACUGACGUACCUGGUGUCAUCGCACGUAGAAGGUUCGCUAAACGUUGUUACCCUGCUUCUCACCGGGCGAGCCACUCCAUAUCUUCACAACGGAGUCGUGUAUAUUGGUGACGAGGACCAUUAUGCUAUGCCGCAGUUUGGAGUAUUGUCACGUAGCCCAGUCGGUCUUCUAGUAUAUUAUGGAAAUGAAGACAAUGCUAAAAAUAACGCUAACCAGCAGCAUCCAGGAUCUAGGCUUAAGACACCAGCUAUGCCUAUUUGGGUUACAAGUUGUUCAGGACAUUAUGGCGUGAUGUUUAAUACAAAUCGUGAAUUGUUAAGGAAUUAUCAUGCAGAAAGGAGAUUUGAUGUCCACUAUUACACUACUGGCGGUUGCCAUGUACUGUUGAAUGUCGAUACGCGCGCUCAUGAUGACAUUGCAGGACCAAUGCGGAAUGAUGACAUUAGCGCCACGCCUCUCGAAAAACUCAUCCAUACAAAGUGGCAAGAUGCGAAAAUAACCUGGACAGGUCCAGACCCUCACGUCAGCGAUUCUCCAAUCUGAACAAAAAUUAUAAAC